AUGAGCCAUUCCGAGCGAGCGUGGCCACGAUUGAAGAAGCAGCCUGGUACUGAUGCAGGUACCACACCGAACCCGGGACACGCGCAGCCACCGGCUACCUUCUUCUUGAGAAGCGAAAGAGAUAUGCAAAAAGCCGAGCAGGCCGAGAAGAGCAGCCGCCACCAGGACCAUGACGAGGACAACAACUACGGUGUCGAGAGCUUGAACGAAACCCUGGAAGCUGCCUUUGCCCCUAGAUCACCAGACCGACCAUUGUCGCCGUCAAAUACUGCGUCCGAGAAGAAGCGAAAGAUUGGAAAUCCUGUUCACCCCAAGAUUGCUGCAGCUGCCCAGCGCAUCAUAUCGUCCGAGGAGCGGCCUUCUUCGCGAACGGCCUCCAUCUCAUCCCCUGCACAAAGACCAUUGACUCCAUCGCCAACUCGUCGCCGCGUGCGAAGCGAAUCUCUCACAUCGCUGGGCCGUUCUUUUACCCCUCUACGUGCUAGCGAUGACAGUACUCGAUCACCAAGCGUGAAAAGCGUACGCCUUUCCGACGAAGAAGGGAGCAUCAUCGAUGACACUGCUAGCCAGGCUCUCCACUCUUCGAGCGAGGAUGACGAUGUCUUUGCUGAUGACACUCUGAUCGAGUCGACCUCUCCUACUAUGGCUCAGAGCAGUAUACCUCAGUUGGUCAUGCCCAGCAUAUCCAUGCCUGCACGCCGACCCUUCACAGAACGAGGCAAGCGCAUACCGCGGCUCAGAAUCAUGGUUGCAGGACCUUCUGGAAUAGGCAAGACAAGCGUGAUCAAAAGCAUCGUUCAAGCGUGCGAUGACAUUGUUCAUGUCGACCCUAUCGUAGCCGUCGAUUCAUCCUCCGCCUCGGCUACGCGUGCAGAUAAUGUGCUCGAAACUCAUGCUUCAACCAGAUCUUACCCGUCUUGGUGGUCAGAGGAGAUUGAGCAAGGCCGUGGUCUGAGACGUCGAAAGAGCAUGGGAGAUUCUAUUCUGGAACGCAAUAUCUCUCUAAUCGAUACCCCUGGAUGGGUCAUGAGCGGCGCGAGCGAUCAAGGGAACAUGGCAGAUGCGAUCGACACCAUCCGCGAAAAUAUUGAGGCUUCCUUCAGAAGAAACGCUCUAACGGGAGAGUUGAGCGAUACAGAUCUUCUGGGUGUUUUGAGUGGCAAUGGAGGAUUUCAAGUGGAUGUCAUACUCUACAUGUUCUAUCCGACAUCCCACCAGAUCAAUCCUCCAGAAAUCGAUGUCCUUCGGCGCCUCUCUACACUCACUAAUAUAGUUCCUGUUAUUGGCAGAUCUGAUACCUGCACGACUGAUAAUCUAAUGGACACAAAGACAGCUAUCCGGUCGAGUCUCGAAGCAGCUGGAAUCAGAACGUUCACCUUCCACGCAGUGGAUGCUCCUGAUGCCUCCACGUCGUCGCCUUUUGCAGUGUCAUCUGCCUUGAGCGAAGACGCAGAGACUAUGGAUGCGAGCGUGCUCAUGUCCUCUGAGUACGUGCAGCCUUUGGUCUCGAGCGAUCUUGACCAGUUAGUAAACCAGCUGUUCGAUCCUGAUAACGCCCAAUGGCUACGACACUGUGCUGUCAAGAAGUUCAUCCAAUGGCGAAGGGAUUAUCUGAAGACAUCGUUCGACUCACACAAACGCGAGCUUCGCGAGCUGGCGCUCGAGCGACUCGGCUGCUUACAAGACGCUGCACCGUCGUCUGUCUCUUCCAUGUUUUCCUCGCCUUCAGGUUUCCUAGUGCCGCAAGUACCCACUCCAAGCCAGCGAGGGACAUCGCCCACUCCCUUUAAGCUUGUGCCUGCUAUGGGCACGACGUCGCAGUACGAUUUCGGUCGUCGUGUCGAUGCUCACAACGUUGACGUGGAAAGCAUGCAAUUGCCGCAGUGGGCGUAUAACCUGAAGAUUGCGCUGGACAUCGAGAACCGGGAAAGAAAACAACUGACCAUGGGUGCCCACGAACGAAACAAUACCAACUCGGCCUUGAUCAGAUCUGGCCACGAGACAUGCCCACAUAGUAAGAGCAGUGAGCUUGGUAGCUUCGACCACCGAGAUCCCCUAGGCUUGCUCGCACUGAGCCAUCGACUGAAAGUCGGUAGAUGGAGUCUUCUGCAGGUGGUCGGAGGGUGUGGUGCUGUAGCCACGAUUUUGGUGUGGGCAACGAGGAAUUGGGCGACCGUGUCAGAAGCGUUAGGUUUGAGCUCCCCGAGUGUACAGAUUCCUGGGUAUGCUGCAGUGUCAGCCAGGGAGAACAGCAGGGCCCCUCUUGAAUUCUUCAAAGCCCUCCUGACCGGAGGCAAGUGGUAG